AUGUCUGAGAAGCCCGUUUUUCUCCUCGCCCACGGCGCUUGGCACCCUUCUUGGCUAUACGAGCCGCUCAAGGAAGCCCUCGCCAGGCUAGGCUACGCCCUCGCUGUACCUGCUUUGCCUACUAUGGGUACCAACGCCAAAGGCGUCACAUGGGAGGCGGAUGUGGAGGCACUUCUACAAACCGCUGAGCCUCUCUUUGCGGAGGGAAAGAAGGUCAUAUUGAUCGGGCACUCCUAUGGUGGCAUUCCGGCCUGCAUAGCAACACGCGGCCAAAGCGUUGCCGAGCGGCAUGCUCGCGGCCUAGUUGGCGGAUUCGUUCAAAUCCUUUUCCUCUGUGCUUUUACUAUGCCAUAUAAUGGCAUUAGUCAAGUGGACCUGACGCAGAACACGCUGCCUCCUUGGCAGGAGCACAUUACCGAGUCCGGACGUAUUACUCAGCUCAUUGUUAAUCAGAAGGCUAAGGAAGUCCUGUAUAAUGACUUGUCAGAGGAGAUGGCGGACAAAUAUUUCAGCGCCUUGGUACCCCAGUCUCAGGCUGCUCUGGAAAAGCCGGUUGACUUCUCAGUACCUGAAAUCACGAUUCCGAAGGCGUAUAUUGUCUGUGAGCGCGACCAGGCCUUCCCCACAGCUGCGCAGCGCCACUUUGUCAACACGCUCGGCCUCCGAGAGCUGUCGGUGUCGGGAGGGCACACGGCGUUUGCGAGUGUUCCCGAUGAGCUGGCGGGUGUGCUGGUGGGGCAGGUGGAGUGA